CGGACGAGGUCUGUCAAGAUGUUUGAAAGCCAUGGACCUCAUAGACGUCGUAGACCUGGAAGUCUCCUUAUUGAGCGGCUCCAGCGUGCGCCUUCAAAUUUCUUCCAACUCCAAAGUCCACGAGUUGCGGCAACAGGCGCAGGAGGCCUUCGGUGUCCGCCUCCGGCGGCUCUUCCUGGGCGACCGGCCGCUGUCGGUCAGCCAUACGCUGGCGGAAGAGAAGGUUCAGUCCGGUGACCGCGUGGCGGUGACAGUGUCCGAGCCCAGCUUGGCAUCCACGGCCUAUGCCUUCGCACUGGUGAGAGCUGAUGGUUCAGUGGUCACCUGGGGUGAUCCAGAUGCUGGUGCUGAUAGCCAAGACGUCCAAGCAGAACUGAAAGAUGUGGCAGAAGUGUAUGGAACUUGCUUUGCCUUUGCAGCGCUUUUGAUUGAUGGAAGAGUCAUCACGUGGGGCUAUCCAGAGUCUGGCGGGGACAGCAGCGCUUUGAACCUGACCAACGUCCAGCGGAUCGUGUCCUCCACUUCAUCCUUUGCGGCUUUAAAGGCUGAUGGAAGCAUCAUCACCUGGGGCCGUAGAGCUGAACAUUUGCAGCUGAAGGGCGAAGUGAAAGAGAUCGAGGCCUCAGGCGGUGCCUUUGCAGCUUUGAUGCUCGAUGGAACAGUGAUUAGCUGGGGCGAUCCCGACUUUGGAGGAGACUCCCAGGUCAGCAGUCAACUGAAGAAUGUCAUCAGCCUUGCGGCCUCUGACCGAGCCUUUGCAGCAGUCACCGCCAAUGGUCAGGUCUUCACCUGGGGCCACUCGGACUGCGGUGGCUGCAGCGACGACGUGCAGGAAAAGCUCCACUCGGUCUUGUGCGUCCAAGCCUCGGGCGGUGCUUUUGCCGCGUUGAAAUCCGAUGGCUCCGUGGUCACCUGGGGCCAUCCCGAUUGUGGUGGAGAUUCUCAGGCGGUUCAACACUUGCUGAAGGACGUUCGCCAGAUCCAGUCAGCCGGCGAUGCUUUUGCCGCCAUCGUGGGAGAGGGGCGCAUCGUCACCUGGGGCGACCCCGACUGCGGCGGUGCUGGUCCCGUCGGCGCAGCGGGCGCCUGGCGCCUCGAGGCCUCGGCGGGCGCCUUCUGCGCGUUGCUGGACGACGGCGGCGCCACCUGCUGGGGCGACCCCGACUGCGGCGGCGACUGCUCCGAGGUGCAGCACCUGCUACGUGAGGUCUUGCAGGUCCGUGGGAACGCCUGUGCCUUUGCCGCGCUGCUUCCCACGGGCGUCGUCACCUGGGGAUCGCCCUACAGCGGUGGCGACAGCCGCCGCGUGCGCGCGGAGCUGGCCGGCGCCUGGCGCCGGUCGUCCACGUCCGCGUCCGCGGUCGAGAGAGCUCCCAAGAGGCGGAUGCUCGAGGCGAAGGAGAUAGAGAAAGGAUGA